AUGCGAUUGUUCGGAAAGAAGAAGACGACACCCUCACCGCAGCAGAGCAUCCACAGGCUGCGCGAAACCAUUGAGAUGCUUACAAAGCGCGAAGAGUUCCUGGAGAAGAAGAUCGAGAAGGAGCUCCAAAUUGCUAAGCAAAAUGCCUCCAAGAACAAACGAGUGGCCAUGAUGGCACUCAAGAGGAAGAAGGCUUACGAAGCCCAGGUGCAAAAGCUCUCAGGGGCACGUAUGACCAUCGAAUCGCAGCUCAUGGCCAUUGAGGGUGCCACCGUAAACCUCGAGACCAUCAAUGCGAUGCGUGAGGGUGCUGCCGCCCUGCAGGGCAUCCACGGUUCGAUGUCGAUCGACACUGUAGACAACACAAUGGACCAGAUCCGAGAGCAGAUGGAUAUCGCGACAGAGAUCAGCGAUGCCAUUGCGCAGCCGCUUGGCGACCCCAUCGACGAAGACGAGCUGGAGGCUGAACUCGCAGAGCUCGAGGCCGAGAACCUCGACGAGCAGCUCCUCACCCUCAACACACCCACCACCGUCAGUGCCUCUCCCAUCAAGCUGCCGAGCGCUCCUACGAAUCAGCUUCCGGCACAGGCGAGCCGUCAACCACAGGCGCUGCGGGCCGAGACGGACGAAGAGGCCGAGCUGCGUGCGCUGGAGGAGAGCAUGGCCUUCGGCUAA